AUGGUUUUGGCGGAAGAGGUGGUCCAUUUCCGAUACCAUUACCAUUUACAGCUGCCUCUUUCUCACCUCUAUAUCCAUAUCUUUGACCGCCAUAUCCCGGACUCUGAGACUGUAGCUCUGGAUGCCUCUGUCCCGGCAGAGGCAGUGGUUGUUGGUAUCUAUCAGACACAUUUGGCUGUUGAUACUGAUACUCUUGCUGAUACUCUUGCUGAUACCCUUCUUGAUACUCCUGUUGAUACUGCUGCUGAUACUCCUGUGGAUACCUCUGUUGAUACCCCUGUUGAUACCCCUGUUGAUACCCCUGCUGUGGAUGCUCCUGCUGUGGAUGCUGCUGCGAAUGCUGCUGUCCGUACAUGGUGA